CAAGGAAAGUAGGCCCACAUGAGUUGUAUGGGUCCCUGCUGCCUUGCCGAGUUCUCUAUUCUAGUAAAACUGCUGAAUUCUCUCUUCUCUAGUAAAAUGAAAGUAUUAUGAACUUAUCAUAUAAAUGAGGGUAGCCUAAUUUUAAUUAUAUUUUAGGUUAUCUUUAAUACAUAUAGAGGUGGAAUUAAAUUUUAAUGUCGAUCAUUUAAGAGACGAAGCAGGAAGCUGGAUUCAUUCUGAAUAUUUACACCAAUGUGAGAACAGCUUUUCUGGGAGCUCUCAUGAUGUUUCUGUUGGUGGUGGCCAUCUGUCUUCUGCUGAGCUCUUUUCAAGCCCAGAGUCGUUAUAUUGAGGACAUCUUUGAAAAGAGCUCUGAAGAAAUUGAUAACAGCAGUGGACAAGUUGAUAAAUCAGUGACAGCUGUAAUUGAAAGGACCAACAAAUAUGCAGGACAGGGACUGAAUGAGCCUUCAGUCAUUUUUGGAGACAUCGCUGUAUCAACAGGCUUAGAAAUUGCUGGUCCAUGCACAGCUCGUGGAUGCAAAUGGCAAAGAAGCAAAAGUGGACAAGUCCUUGUGCCCUAUGUCAUCUCUGAUGAAUACUCCUCCCGGGAGAAGGACGUAAUUUUUCAAGGCUUGAGAUCUUUUGAGAAAUCGACCUGCAUUCGCUUCAUGCCUCGUACAAAUCAGAGGGACUAUAUUAACAUAGAGUCUAAUUCAGGGUGCUACUCUUUUGUUGGCCGUCGCAUCGGAGGUCAGACUGUGUCUCUGGAUCGUACUGGAUGCAUCUCCCUGAAUAUAGUGCAGCAUGAGCUGCUUCACACACUGGGCUUUCACCACGAACACAACCGCAGUGAUCGCGACAAUCACGUCCAAAUCCUUCUUAAAAACAUCAUUCCUGGGCAGGAGCAAAACUUUGACAAAAUCAAGACUAACAACCUGGAGACUGCCUAUGACUACAACUCUGUAAUGCACUAUGGAAGAUUUGCCUUCUCCAAGAACAGAGAUCCAACCAUCAUCCCUAUUCCUGACAGUAGCAUGUCUAUUGGCCGAGCUGAGAAGAUGAGUUCAAAUGAUAUUCUACGUGUUAACAGACUCUACUGCAGUCCUUCCUUCUCUUAUUAAUUCAUUUAAAACAAUAACAUUUUGAAAGCUUUGUUAGCACUGGGUAUAAUUGCUGUCUGCUUUGAAUAACACUGAUAAGGAAAUGCAUUUAUAGUUUGUAUAUGUUUCUCUUUUUUUCAGAAUGGAACAAAAAUUAGUCUGUGUUAUCAAGAGUUAUCUCUGUGUUAUCUAGUCCUCAAUGGAGGACUAAAUACUUUACAGAUUCACUUUAUGUGAUGUUAUUAGCAUCAUUUUAUAAAUCUUUAGAGUUGAGGCUGUUUUUAAAUCAUUUGAGGGUUGCAACUUUUAGGUAGUUUGACAUAGAGAUGGAAUGUUCUAAAACACACAGCUGAAUAAAAGAAAUACAAAACAUUGCUCUUUGUCU